GGGACCAAUGUGUAUAUUAGUCAGCGUGAUUGUAUGUCUUGAUAAGCGUGUUGGAUUUUGACCCCUGUGUAAGAAUAAUGUCGGUCAACAUUAAGUCAUGAUCAGCAAUUAAGGUGACAACUUCGCCCGUGUAAUGAGUUACGUUCUUCGAUCUAUAUUGUAUAUGCUAAAAGAAAGUACGGUUGCCAUAGCUGUUAACGGAUAACUCUUCUGUGAAAUAGAGAAAUCAAAAACUGGCGAGAUACGAAUUACAGACUAAUUGCUACAAAAUGAGUAAUUCAAAGAGAAGCUACCAAUGCUGCAUUUCUACAAGAACAUAAAAUGUAUCUACAAUUACAAGGGCGAAAUUGCAAAGGAAUUGAGAUGGGGUAUAAUUUAAGGUGCAAUUAGGUGUGGCUAUAUUUAGAUGUGUAAACCGUGGGACAGACACGGGAACAAGGCAGCUUGUGUAAGCAUGGUCUAUGGUAGUACUGAUACGUUAUCGCCAUGAAUAAGUGGUUACAGAUCUUGCAAAGUUUUCCUAUCACAGCGUUGGUGAGACUUUAAUGUACGCGUGAUUGAGACGCAUUUCGUGCGUAAAUCGUCUGGGAUCAAGCGGUAUUGAGUACGUAAAGACCCCCCUGUUCGACCGACCAGAUGUAAACACGGACCACUAGUACAAGCCGGAUCGUGCACGUUCGUUACGUGUCGGGGGACAAGGACACUUCGGACUACACGAUCAGAGGUCGUUCUCACAAGAAAAGACAAAUAAGACGUGUAUAAAGAAAGGACAUUCACACAACAAGGGAAACUUCACAGAGAAGGCGUGCUGGCCGGGCAAAGGGCGGACCACCCUGAUCAAACUAGCGAAGGAAAUCAUUCGGGUUAUUCAGGGCAAUGGGCGGUAACACCACCCAUUCAACGGCUGUUGCAUCAUCUACCACACCGUCGCUAGACAGCUUCAUGGACAACUCUUCCGUCUCCAACAACUCUUCCUCCAAUGGCUCGGUAUUCACCCAGAACGACUACGUGUUCGCCUACGCACUGAUGCCUCUCAGCACUUUUAUCAUCGUGGGAAACAUACUGGUGCUGAUCUCAGCCGUGGCCAUGAGCAAGUUCCGCAACCAUGUCGGCUACUUCUUCAUAGCCAACCUGGCAAUAGCUGAUCUCUUAUUGGGAGUGGUCAGCACUGUGUCCAUAUUCAACAUCCUACUACGUCACUCGGAUGAGAACUUGGCUACGUGUAUCCUGCGGAUCGGCUUGGUGGUCAUGUCCUGCGCAGCCUCGGUAUUCACCAUUGCCUGUAUCGCCAUCGAUCGUUGCAUCGCUGUCAACGCUGCCUUACGGUAUAAAGAAAUCGUGACUCCGGCUCGGGCUCUCAUGGGCAUCGCUGUGACGUGGGUCGUCGCUAUCCUGUACGGCUUCUUCCCUCUGACCAGCCUGAGCGAUAAGUACGACAAUAAGUGUUCCUUUCUCGCCGUCCUGAGCAAGGAGUACACUCUCGCCCUGUUCUUCGCCGGAUUUCUCCCGACUGUGAUCCUCAUCAUCGUCAUCUACACAUCGCUGUGUCUCGUGACAAGAAAACAGCUGAAGAAAAUCAACGCAUUAGACCAGAUACGGCGAGGAAGCAACCAGAGCACGACAGCCCAGCUUCGGAGUCAAAGAAUCAAGAGAAACCUGAAGGCCAUCAAGACUCUGGCCCUGGUCAUAGGAACGUUCUUCGCCUGCUGGUUCCCCUUCUUCGUGGCGGCUUUAGUCCAGGUGUUUUGUGGAGAGAAGUGUCACCUUCAAGACAUCGUAGGAACGUACUUAGUGUUGCUAGGGUUCUUAAAUUCGGCCCUUAAUCCGGCAAUAUACGCCUACUUUAACAAGGACUUUAGGAAAAGCUUGAGAUCCCUCUGCUGCAAGAAUAGAGUAGAGCCGUCGGAGCAGCUGGGGCAAUCAGUGAACUUACGAAGACAGUCGGCAUUGAGUGCGCGGGAGGCCGGAGACUUCGCGACAAUCGCACAGAGACCGAGACUAGACACAUGUCACUCAGUAAGCGCUGAGGAGGAUGCGAACAGGAACAAAUAAUGAAGAGAUGAACUAUUGUGGAAAGGUUAAACGGAGUUUUAACUCACCCAAUCAGGCUUCUUUAUCUCUCUGACCCAAUCGCGCCUGGACACGUGACUUUACUCAUGUGUGACGUCAUCAACGGGUCAAAAGUUGUGAAAAGUGGGAAUAACCUUCCGUCCCAACCUUUCAAUAAUGUUAUUUACAAAGCUGAACUUGAACUUUCAUAUGCUAGGAUAGAACUAUAUUUAUGGCAGUAUUUUGUCGUUCGUGGAAAGUUUGACUCUGUUAUACAGAUGAAAUUGCUGCAUUAGUCUGGUCAAUAAUUGUCAACACGUACAAUCAUGUUAUUGUAAACUGAAAGAAAAAAAUGUACGUAAUACUAUGUACAAGU